AGGUAGUAAAAAUGACGGUGGUAAAAGUGGUGGUGGUGGUAAAAACAGUGGGAAAUUGCAAGGAGAAGUUAAAGUUAACAAUGGAGGAAAAAACAAAGGUGGUGAUGGGCAUAAUAAUGGUGGGCAUUAUGGUGGUGGACCUGGUGGGGAUCCAUAUAGUAAUGGUAGCCGGGGUAUUAAUGUGAAGGGGGCUGCAAAGCAUGAUGGUUUUCAUGAUAUGAAGUCUCAUAAUGGAGGUGCAGCUGGUAGGCCUAUGGGACAAAUGGGUCAAAUGGGUAGUUACCCCAUGGGUCAAAUGGGGAACAACCCAAUGGGUCAGAUGGGUCAAAUGGGUAGUUAUCCGAUGGGUCAAAUGGGGAGUUAUCCGGCCGUUGAAGGUCACCCGGCCGGAGCAAUUUCGGGAGGGUAUUAUCAAGGGAUGGGGCAGGGGAACCCCUACAAUCAGCAACAACAACAGUAUAUGGCGGCGAUGAUGAUAAACCAGCAGCAGGCAGCUGGAGGUAUGUACAAUCCGGCAAUGUAUGGCAGGCCGCAGCAUGCGAUGAGCUAUGGUCCGCCACCGAUGAUGCCGCCUCAUGUUAAUGAUAAUAUCACCCACUACUUCAAUGAUGAAAACACUGAUAGUUGUAGUAUUAUUUAAAUUGUCAGGGAGUGUAGAUGUGAUAUGUUAUGGUUUUGCUACAUUGGGACGUAUGAUUGUGUAAUUUUUGUGAUAGAGGAUAACUCUUACACAAAUAGUAAGAUUAAGCAAAAUUUGUGCCUUUGUUAAUUGGAAAUGAGUAGCUGUUUCUUCUAGUUUGGCA